AUGCCGUUAGCCACCCAGGAGAAGUUGCUGUACAGACAGCUGGAUGGGGCCACCUGGAGCUCAGGACAGAAGUCCAGGCUCCAGGCCCUCCACCCCUUCGCGAUCCGGAGUCCAGAGCGCAGAGCCAGCCGAGAGCGCCGCGCGGGCUCGGGAUCCGCCGCCACCACCACCCGGCUGCAGAGGUUGGCGUCGCCGCCGCGGGGUUUCGGGGACUCCUGCUCGCUACGUGGCCUUCUCCCGGCCAGCUGUGCGGGCAGCUGGACCAGCAGCAGCAGCAGGGAGGACUCGAGCGCCGGCGGCAGCAGCGACACCAUGGAUCUGUCCUUUAUGGCCGCACAGCUGCCCAUGAUGGGAGGCGCCUUCAUGGACUCGCCCAACGAGGACUUCAGCACCGAGUACUCCCUCUUUAACUCCUCCACCAACGUGCACACGGCCUCCAACGGCCAAGGUCAGCCGGAGGAGCCGCCACGGUCCUCCAACGAUGCCGUCCUGCUGUGGAUCGCCAUCAUAGCGACGCUGGGGAACAUUGUGGUGGUGGGGGUGGUGUAUGCCUUCACCUUCUGAGCCACGGGCGCUCCGGCUCGGCCCACCCUGCGCUGGGGGGCUGUCGCUCUUGGCCUUUGGCUGCACCCAGGUUCUAGAACCAGGAGUUCUGACCAGGCGCACAGCCUCUCCAAGGGGAGCCACCAUGUGUCUGGAAUUUCCCCAAGCAGCCCUGAUUUCAAAUACUCUGCCCUGGGCUCCAGCUGACCCAGAAGAUAUGAGAGCCUGGGCUUCCAGCACCCAGAGGCGCGACAGGGCAAAGCCUUCGAGGAGCAGCCUGGGGAAUUCUUGAGACUGCAUUCCAUGACCAUGAGACCGGAGGGAACAGCCAGCUUGGUUUAAAAUACUGACAUGGUUGGAUGAUCCCUUGCUGGCCCUAAAUACUUACUUAUGUGUCUUGUUUCUAUGUAAACUUAUCACCCCUGGUGUACGGGGUGCCUGGGCGAGGGCAGCCCUCAGGACUUGAGGGCUCCCACCCCAAUCUGGUUUCCCACUCAGCCCUUCGGGAUAUCGGUGGUAGUCACUUGAAGUAUCAUACAACAUUCGUCCUUUGACUUGGAAAUGACAUCUUUGUAACCAGACACCUGGCCCCUUGUAAAACCCAAGGAUAGAAUUCUCGGUGACCUGGAUUUCAGGGGUGGUAGUGGGGGUGGUUUUUAUCUGCUGGAGGGACUUUCUCGUCUUCAUAAAAAGAGGAGAAGGUGCCUUUAAAAAUUAGAUCUGCCAGGCGGUUAACUCUUCCGGCCACCCACUGAAGAUGCUCUUUCUUCUCUGAGAAAUCACGGAACUUUAGAGAUGAGGUGUGUGCACUUCGUUGAUUGGCAGGUGGGAGGGUGAGGGGCGUUGUUUGCCUGUGGUCUCAGGAAGGGAUCAGAGCAGGAGGGACAUUCCCUGAGUGUCAGCUCAGGGCUGUGUCUACCCCAGGUAAGCCCUUUCUUGAGCAGAUUCCUGCCUUCUCAGCUGCCCUGGGGAGAAUAUCUAAAGGGUCUUCAAGCUGUGUGCAGGGUGGGCAGGGCGUUAAGACACCCACACCUUAAACUGGGCUUGGCUGCUGUGCAUUCUUGCAGGUGUAAAUGUGGUCUGCCCGAGUCAGUUUCCUGACAUGCUUAAAAGUCAGUGGCUGGGGAGGCUGGCAAGCCUGGGAUCCCGCUCAUCAAGACCAGAGUGCUAUUGGCCUUUGACUGCACCCAUGUGCUGGGGGAAUCAGUAUAGGAAAGGGCUCACUUUUCUUCCCUCCUUAGCAAAGGUCAUGGCACAGUGCCCCCCUUCCCGAGACAGCUCUCUCUGUG